AACCUCAAAAAUUGUGUUUGUUUUGGAAAAGAGACCACAUUGUUUUUCUUCCUUUCCUCAUUAAAUUAAAGAAAACUCGGUGAAAUUAGUGGAAAAGUGCUUGGGAGCUGAAAUGGAUGACUUGGAGGGUUUUUCCUUGACACCAAAUGUCAAAAAGGAACAAAAGGAGGUGAAGAAGAAAAAGAAAUCCGGUGGAUUUCUGGCCAUGGGACUCAGUUCCGGUGUUCUCAAUGGCAUCACAAAGCGUGGCUACAAAUUCCCCACACCAAUUCAACGUAAAACCAUCCCCUACAUCCUGGAGGGACGUGAUGUAGUGGCCAUGGCGAAGACGGGUUCAGGGAAGACAGCAGCAUUCCUUAUUCCGCUAUUUGAGAAGCUGAAGGAACGCAAGGAAUCCGGAAGUGCACGUGCAUUGAUUCUCUCACCAACCAGAGAACUUGCCAUACAGACGUACAAGUUCAUCAAGGAGCUGGGGAAGUUUGUAAACCUCAAAACGGUGCUAAUUCUCGGGGGAGAUUCAAUGGAUCACCAAUUUUCCUCCCUCCACUCCAAUCCGGAUGUAAUUGUGGCAACUCCUGGGAGAUUUUUGCACGUCUGUGUGGAGAUGAAUUUGAAGCUCUCGGAUGUGUCGUAUGUUGUGUUCGAUGAGGCAGAUCGGCUGUUUGAAAUGGGCUUUGGAGAGCAACUCACAGAGAUCCUGCACAGAUUGCCGCAUGGGAAGCAAAUGGUGAUGUUUAGUGCAACUCUGCCGCGAGUUAUGGUGGAUUUUGCAAAAGCAGGACUCACAGAUCCCGUUCUCAUUCGUCUGGAUGUUGAAUCGAAGCUUCCGGAAGCGCUUGAAUUGAAGUUCCCGUACUGUCGCAGUGAGGAGCGAUACUCCGUUCUCCUGGCUCUUCUUAAGCACGUCAUCCCCGCUGAAGCGCAGACUGUUGUCUUUGCCGGUACUCAGCAUCAUGUGGAAUUUAUCUCGAUGCUCCUGACGCAAGUUGGCAUCACGAGCACCUUUGUGUACUCAAAUCUCGAUCCAUCGGCGAGAAAGAUCAACACAGCUAAAUUCCAGAAUAAGAAAGUCUCCGUACUCGUGGUUACGGAUGUAGCUGCGCGUGGUAUUGAUAUCCCAAAUCUCGACUAUGUGAUCAACUUCUACUUCCCGGGAAAGCCAAAACUAUUCAUUCAUCGUGUUGGCCGUUGUGCUCGUGCUGGACGCUCCGGAACUGCCUUCACGAUCUUCUCAAUGGAUGACAUAGCUCACUACCACGACCUCCUCACCUUCCUCAAUAGGGAGAUUGAGUUCUCCGAUGCGAAAGCUAUUGGCUGUGUGCCCGACACUGUGCUCGAAAGUGAGCAGGAUACCUUCCUUGAGAUCACACAGAGUACUGAUUUGGCAAAAAUGUUCAAGACAACGGUGAAUGCGUACAAGCAGUACCUUCGUUCGCGUCCAGCAGCUUCCACGGCGUCCAAUAAGAAGGCAAAAUCAUUCAAUAGGCUGGACCUGAAGACGUUGGAUGUGUUUGAGGCUCUCGAGAGUGAUAGCAGUGGCCUAAAGGAGAAGAAGGAGGAUCUCGUGAAGAAGAUUAAUGGCUACAAGCCCAUCAGGACGAUUUUUGAGCUGAAUCCACAGAAAACGGUUGCUCAGUGCGAAAUGAUGCGCAUUGAGCGUGAGAAGCAUAAAAAAGUUAUUGAGAAGUACAAGGCAAGCAAGGAAUCAAAGCAGGAUGUUCAGAAGCUCGAGGGGAAGAAGACGAAGCAAGAUCAACCGUGGAUUCCCUAUCAUUCUGCUGAUAAGCACACCGAAGAUGGCUUGGCAGUGAACUUCUUCAGUCGUGAGGCCAACGAUGCAAUCCUAAAUGUUGCCCCGGACAAUGCGGAUGGCAUUAAAAUUGCCAGGAAGCUCAAAAAGUGGGAUAGGGUGAAGAAGAAAAUGGUUCCUGUGCAGGAUCCGCGUGAGGGGAAAAUUCGCACAGAAUCCGGGGUGUGGAUACCGAAGACGUACAAAACAAAUCGCUAUGAGGAGUGGAAGGAGAGGACAAAGAUCGAGGAGAGUCAGCGUGAUGAUGAGGAUGACGUGAAGGUGGAGAAGUACCCGACAAAACAAUGGGCACGACAUAAUAUCAACAUCAAAGCAAAGAAGCGAAAGGCAGAUUUGGACUUGAGAGAUCCCAAUCAGAUUGUCAAGAAGCGUAUUCGGUUGGAAAAUUUGAAAAAUAAGCAAAUGGCAAAUGAGAAGAAAAAUGUGCAAAAACGCAAAAUGGGAGCUUUCAGGAAAGGCGGGAAAGCCAAAGGAAAGGGUGGUAGAAAGACGAAAUGAAGUAACAUCUGAGAGGUAACAAUAAAUUCAUCUUUUUUAUUUA